AUGAAUCCAAUAGGAAUGACCACUCCGUGUAGUCCCAGCGAAACGACGGCGUCGAGUGAGACUACCUCCUCGUCCAGUAUCGAUGACUUACAAAUCUCGUACACCAUUGGCGUGACCGAGGGUACGCCAUACCCGUGCACUUUCUGUGAUAAAGCAUUCCCGAGACUAUCGUACCUGAAACGCCACGAACAGGGGAACAGUGGUCAUCAAUACACUACACAACAGCUAUACCUGUGUUUCGAGAUUAAGAAAUCAACAAAAGAGAAGCGCCUAAUGAACUUGAAAGUGAAGGGGAACGGGAGACACGACCACAAUAUCUCUAUACUUACAUAUUCUGGGCUCAGCACAGGGCUAUUGACGAGCCAUUCGCUGAUAACGCUGAGGAAUGGGGGAAAAGGCUGUGUGGAAGACCACCCAAAUCACCUGCAAUUAUACCUGAGGCAGGCCGGGGUGCCUCUACCACCGCCACCCGUAGUGUUUCCGAUUAAAGGCAUAAAUAUAGGGCAGAGGGAGAAGACGGAGGAGAAUCAUGGGCUCUUGGGCUCCACUGCCUCUUAUACACUGCCAAAGCCGGUGCACAGCCGGUGCUCCUCUCAGCCCCAGUACUCUAUACAUUCGGACCAAAUGCCCUUUCGGUGCGAUUAUUGUCAGCGACUCUUCAAACAUAAAAGGAGUCGUGACCGACACGUCAAACUGCACACAGGCGAUAAGAGGUAUCGGUGCUGUCACUGCGAGUCAGCCUUUUCACGCAGCGAUCACUUGAAGAUUCACAUGAAAACGCACGACCAGAUGAAGCCAUUCCAGUGCGCCGUUUGCAACCGGGGCUAUAAUACCGCUGCAGCCCUAACCAGUCAUAUGCAAAACCACAAGAGAAAUAAUACUAUUAAUACUGUCGGCAAUAACAACGGCAACACUUCCACUCGUAAUAUCAAUGGCAACAAUGGAAUCGUUAAUAAUAAUAGUGACAAUAAAAAUAUUAAAAAUAUUACUUUAAGUACAACAAACUCACUGAGGCUGGAAAGCCGCGGCGAGACUACCAGUGCUAAUAAGGUAUCGCCGGAUCCUAUCACCAGAAGCGGCUCCCAAAUGAGUGCCAAUAAUAGCAGCCCUGAUUCGCACCCGGAGUCCACACAAACACAGUUGACGUGCGGUUUCUGCGGAAUCAAAUGCACAUCACUUGAGACACACAUCAGACAAACGCAUUUACAUCACCUCCUGUUUGCCGGCCUCCUGCAGAACUCCUUCUGCCAGAGCGCCGGCAUCGGGAACUGGCCGUCGCUGAUGCCUCCGCCGCCACCCAUACCGCCCGUACUGACCCCCGUCAAUGACCUCAUGAAACUGCACUCCAGUAUUCCCAACGGCUCCUCAUCGCCUCCAUCUCCCAAAAAGGCCAAAACCAGUAAAUCAGUGGUGGCGCCCACCACUCCCACCCCUCCACAGCCGACCCAACUGCCCAUUUUGUGUAACUUUUGCUCGCCUUCGCCCGCUUUCCACGACUUCGAGUCCUUCCGGAGUCACAUCAACACACAUAUCAUAGCCCAACAGCCGCCCCCUCCGCCCCACCACAAUAGCCACCUAUCAUUGGCCGCCCAUUCGCCUCAAUGUCCGCAUUGCGGCCAAACCGUCACCACUGACUUUGACAGCCACCUCAUCAACUGUCACAUGGGAACCGUCACCACCAACUAUGGCUGCGAGUGCUGCACCAAGAUGUUCAGCAAACCGGAUGAGCUCCAGAAGCACUUAAUGGACAUUCACGCGCACCAUCUCUACCAGUGCUCGCUAUGUCGUGAUAUGUUUGACAGCAAAGUCUCAAUACAAGUGCACUUUGCCGUCAAACACAGCAACGAAUGCAAGAUUUUUAAGUGUAAUAUUUGCGGCGAAUUCUUCAAUAGUGAGCACGACUUCAAACUUCACGUCAAAAUAGUUCACUUCCAGCCAAACGGCGCGCACUUAUCGCCACCGCAGCCACAACUGGCCGCCGCCUUUCCCCUCUACGGCUCCAAAGCCUACUUUCGCUGCAAAUACUGUUCCGAAGAGUUUAAUAUCGAGUACCUAUUGGAGCGACACAUCGAUAUCGAGCACUCGCACCAUCACAAACUGCCCAAAACUAAUUGCUUGGACAGGGAUGUGUCGCAAGGCAUCAGCCAAAUGAGCGGAAAACUACAGCAAAAAGCGAUCAAAUGUGAGUUUUGCUCAAAAAGCACAUUCAAAAGCGUGUCUGAAUUGGAGUCUCAUAUGAAUAGCGAGCAUAAGUCUAAUAGCAAUGUCAGUAAUAGCGCUGUGAAUGGCAUAAUCAGUAGCAAUGGUUUGACAAAUCAUAAUAAGGGCAGCAAUAAGUGUAACAUUUGCGAUGAAUUGUUUGCAUCAAUUAGUCAAUUGGCUGAACAUAAGCUGAAAAAGCACUGCAUAUUCGGUGCCUCGCAAUGCUUGCAAUGUCUUCACUGUCACGAUAAGAUCAAUACCAGAGAUGAUUACAUGAGACACUUUGUUGAGCACAAUAACAUCAAUAAGUCCACCGAUUCCUCCGCAUUGAAUGCCUUAUUUCCAGUCGUUUGUGUCAUUUGCAAGCAAACGCUGAUGAGUGAAGUGGAGAUUGAUAUGCAUGCGAGCUAUCAUUGCGACCAACUGUCCACUCAAUUGAGUCAUAACAGCAGUGCAAAUGACAAGCAUUCCGGUGGUACCACCAGUCCUGCCAGUCCUGUGGUCACGGAGUCUAAACUCAAUGCAAUUAAAAAUGAAUGCCAUUCCCCAAAAGGCUUAGCCAUCAGUGCCGAUAAAAGUGGUGUUUCGCCUAAAUUGGAGAACAAUAGCAUAGAAUCUGCGGACGAUAUGACGGUCACUAAUAAGAGGUAUCAAUGCAUCAAAUGUCAGGAAUCGUUCAGAAGUGAGGCUGAGAUCAAAGACCACGUCCACCAGCAUAUGCUCAACGAGGGUAGCAUUGAGUGCAAGCUGUGCGACAGGGAGUUUGAUAGUCCGGCCAAACUCCAGUCCCAUCUGAUUGAGCAUAACUUUAAUGGUGGCGAUGAGUAUAAGUGCCACUUAUGUCAGUCCAUAUUCAAUGGCUCGCAAUCACUUCAGGCCCACAUGUUUGACGACCACCUCAACGACCGGCCAUUUUCGUGCGGUCAGUGUUCACUGAAGUUCUGGUUUCCCACGGAAUUGGAUAACCACUCGAUGGCUGAGCACCGGGAGAGCGACGAUGACGAGGAGGAGGACAUCGAUUGCGACAACUGCUCCGAGGUAUCCAACACUGAAAUCAUGAGCAGCACUGCUGCUAACGACAGGUUUAAGUGCAUAGAGUGUGACAAAGAAUUCCCACUGGAAUCGCAUCUUAUGCUACAUCUCAAGUCAUCUCACCAUCAGUUGGCGACACAUUUGGAUAAUCAAACCAUUAAUGAGAAGCGUUUUUCGUGUAAUAUUUGUGGCAAAAAGUUUGCGCGAAAAGAGGCCCGAAAAUUACAUUACAAAUCACAUCAUUGA